UUCCCAAGAACGCUUGCGGCACUUUUCGAAAGCACAAGACCCGUCAUGGCUUUUUGCAGCACUAUAUUUUAAAAAUAGUGUUUGGAUUGCAUAUUUUCCUGUGAAAUGGCAGUGGAAACUCUUGCACCUGAUUGGGAAUUUGACUGUUUUGACGACGGUUCACAGAAAAUACAUACAGAAGUUCAACUCAAGAAUUAUGCCAAAUUUUUGGAAGAGUACACAGCUCAGCUGAGGGGCAUUGAGGAGGCUCUCGAUGACUCAAUUGGAGAUGUUUGGGACUUCACGCUGGACCCCAUUGCCCUGAAACUCAUCCCACGUGAGCAGUCUUCCUUGUUGGAGUUGAUUAAAACAGACAAUAAGGUCCUUAAUAAAGUCAUCACAGUAUAUGCUGCUCUGUGUAGUGAGGUGAAGAAUCUCAAGUAUGAGGCAGAAAACAAGUUCUACAAUGGUUUAUUGUACUAUGGCGAGGGAGUGUCUGACCUUAGCGUUGUUGAAGGCGAGUGCCAAAUUCAGAUGGGCAGAUUCAUCUCCUUCUUACAGGAACUGUCCUGUUUUGUGUCAAGAUGUUAUGAAGUGGUUGUCAACAUUGUUCAUCAGCUGGGCGCCCUCUACAACAGCAACAAGGCUGCAACUAAAAUUAUUGAUUCAUCGGGUGUCCAUUUCCAGAUAGUUUAUGAACAUCUUGGUGAUUUAUUAGUGGUUCUACUUACCCUUGAUGAAAUCAUGGAAAAUCACGGGACACUCAAAGAUCACUGGAAGAUGUAUAAGAGGUUAUUGAAGUCUGUGCACCACAAUCCUGGGAAAUUUUCAAUUGCCGAAGAGAAACUGAAACCAUUUGAGAAGCUCUUGCUCAAACUUGAAGGACAGUUGCUCGAUGGCAUGAUACUGCAGGCAUGCGUUGACCAGAGGUUUGACGAUCCUACCAAAGGAGUAACUAUAACCAAAAAUGCCUCUUUUGCCGAGGAGUUUGCCUUCAAUAUACGGACCAUCUUCUCCAAUGUGGAGUCCAAGAUUGGGGAACCAUCAGAAAUUGAUCAGAGAGAUAAAUACGCUGGAGUGUGUGCUCUCUUUGUGCUUCACUUUUACAUCUUUAGAACUGUAGACAAAAAGCUCUACAAAUCACUCCUAGAUGUCUAUAAAAAGGUUCCAGCUGUCACUCUGACUGCCAACAUCAUCUGGUUCCCCGACACAUUCCUGCUUAGCAAGGUUCCCGCUGCAGCUAAAAUGAUAGACAAGAGAAGUAUUCAAGCCAUCCGAGUGCAUCGAGACACCUUCCUUCAGCAAAGAGCCCAGACACUGUUGAAGGAUGUUCAGUCGUACUAUGUGUUUGUAACGUCAUGGAUGAUGAAGAUGGAGUCUAUUCUGUGCAAGGAGCAAAAGACUGACAAGAUGGCUGAAGACCUUAACAGCAGGUGUAAUGUAUUUGUUCAGGGUGUCCUAUUUGCAUACAGCAUCGGUACCAUUAUCAAGACCACCAUGAACAUGUACAUGUCCAUGCAGCGGCCCAUGACCAAGACCUCUGUCAAGGCGCUGUGCCGAUUAGUGGAAUUGUUAAAGGCUGUGGAGCACACGUUUCACAGACGGUCGAUGGUCGUCGCCGAUUCUGUCUCUCAUAUCACUCAGCAGCUGCAGUCGCAGGCUCUCAACGCUAUCUGUGUUGCCAAGAAACGAGUGAUAUCUGACAAGAAGUACAGCGAGCAGCGUCUGGAUGUGCUGUCCUCCUUGGUGCUUGCCGAAAAUGUCCUCAGUGGACCCAGCACAAAAGAGAGACGUCUUGUCGUGUCUUUGGCUCUCUGUGUUGGCACUCGGAUGAAAACCUUCAGAGAUGAGGAGUUGCUUCCACUGCAGCUUGUGUUGAAGAAGCUGGACCUGAUUAGUGAGCUGAGUGAGAGGGUCAAACUUCAGUGCGACUGCAGUUUCCUCUACUGGCACCGAGCAGUGUUCCCUAUCUACUUGGAUGAUGUCUAUGAAAAUGCAGUGGAUGCAGCACGGAUGCACUACAUGUUUAGCGCCCUGAGGGACUGCGUGCCUUCAAUGCUGCAAACCAAACACAUGGAGUCAUAUGACCAGCUACUGGAGAGCUACGACAAGGAGAUCAUGGAUGUUUUCAAUGAGCACCUGCUGGAUAAAUUGUGUAAAGAAAUAGAGAAGGACUUGCGGCUUUCUGUUCACACGCACCUGAAGCUGGACGACAGGAAUCCGUUCAAAGUUGGAAUGAAGGACUUUGCGCACUUCUUCUACCUCAAACCCAUCAGAUUCUUCAACCGGUUCAUUCAUAUCAAAGAAUACGUGACCCACUACCUGGAUAAAACGUUCUACAACCUCACCACUGUGGCUCUUCACGACUGGGCCACUUACAGCGAGAUGAGAAACCUUGCCACACAGCGUUACGGGCUGUCAAUGACAGAAGCACACCUGCCGAGUCAGACCCUGGAGCAGGGCCUGGAUGUGUUGGAGAUCAUGAGGAACAUCCAUGUUUUUGUCUCACGCUACCUUUAUAACCUCAACAACCAGAUCUUCAUUGAGAAGGCAAGUAACAACAAGCACUUGAACACCAUCAACAUCCGACACAUCGCCAACUCUAUCCGCACCCACGGCACUGGCAUCAUGAACACCACGGUGAACUUCACCUACCAGUUCCUGCGCAAGAAAUUUUACAUCUUCAGUCAGUUCAUGUACGAUGAACACAUCAAAUCCAGGCUCAUCAAGGACAUUCGCUUCUUCAGAGAAACAAAGGAUGAAUCCGACCAAAAGUAUCCUUUUGAGCGUGCUGAGAAGUUUAAUCGUGGCAUCAGGAAGCUGGGCAUCACUCCUGAUGGACAGAGUUACCUGGACCAGUUCAGACAGCUCAUCAGUCAGAUUGGUAACGCCAUGGGUUACGUGCGCAUGAUCCGCUCAGGAGGUCUCCAUUGCUGUAGUAAUGCAAUUAGGUUUGUCCCAGACUUGGAGGAUAUUGUUAAUUUUGAGGAGCUGGUAAAGGAGGAAGGACUGUCGGAGGAAACUCGAAGAGCUGCAAGCGUCCUGGAUUCCGUAUUGGGAGAUUUGACGAGCAACUCUGCCGAGGGGACGGAAUACUUCAAGAUGCUGGUGGAAGUGUUUGCGCCUGAGUUUCGACGUGCAAAGAACAUGCACCUGAGAAACUUCUACAUGAUUGUGCCCCCACUGACUGUGAACUUUGUGGAACACUCAAUCAGCUGCAAAGAGAAGUUGAACAAGAAGAACAAGAUGGGAGCUGCUUUUACAGAUGAUGGAUUUGCUAUGGGUGUGGCAUACAUCCUGAAGCUGCUGGAUCAAUACUUGGAGUUCGACUCCCUGCACUGGUUCCAGUCAGUCAGAGAUAAGUACAAGCAGGAGAUGAACGCCAUGGUGAAGGAGCAGCAUCUUCAAAUUGCCAGUCAGGAUCAAAAGUUGCUCCAAACAAUGAAUCUCACCCAGAAAAGAUUAGAUCUCUACCUUCAGGAGUUUGAGUUACUUCACUUUUCCUUAAGCAGCGCCCGCAUAUUCUUCAGAGCGGACAAGACAGCAGCCGAGGAGACUCAGGAAAAGAAAGAGAAAGAAAACGCCUCUAAAGCUGGAGGCUCUUCCGAUGGAGCCAACACUCCAGAACCUGGAUCAAAGUGACCUUGUUGUGAUUUGAGCAGCAAGUGACAAAGAAUGAAAGAGAAUGUGGAAUAGGUCAAGACUGUGCUGUAAGGAACAUUUGGCUGACAUCAAAAGGCUACAAAUUUGACAGAAGAAUGUCUGAUAGAAUUUGUGUACAUAUAUGCUUUUAUCAACGAUUGUGUACUUAUUAAGACUUACUGUGUACUGUAUUUUCUGUUUAUCCAUUUUAUGUACAGCUUAACAUCAAUAAGCUCACGGCCCAAGGUGAGCUGGAGCUUCUACAAGCUGACUUUGGGGCGAGAGGCCUGCACUGGCCGUUAACCAAUAAUAAAAACGAUAACAUCUAAUGGUUUUUUGGUUGUACCCUAAUCAGUGAGCUCAAAAUUUGAUUUUUCAUUUGCAAAGUAGCCUUGAGAAAUGCAGAACAAGCAUGUACUUUUACACAAAUGCCAUGUUUUGUCAUAGGUGGCGUGAUGAUUGUUUAUGGCCUUUGUUCUCAAUGCCUCAUUAUGCAUAGUAGCAAAAUGUUUGUGUGCCAUAUUUGCAUACAGCUCAUUUUACUGUCCUUUUACCACAUUGUUAAAAUGUAAAUGUGCCUUUCUGAACUGUAGGUAUAGUAUAUUUGAUUUAAAGAAUAGAUUAAUAUAGAAAUAACCACUGAAUCUCUUGCACAAUGCAAGACUUUUUUGCAGCACUGAUAAUUGCAUUUUACACAUUUCUUAAUUUUAUAUUCAUUGUAAUAUUUGCCUAACAUGACAUUCCAUCAAUUUACCAUCCUUGGGUACAUAUUUGAAAACGAAUAAAAGUUGCACUUUGCAUUAUUUUUGUUUAGCGCUUA